CUCCAGAAUUCACGGUUACCUCAAGAGCUUUGUUGAUUUCAUCCUCAGAUUGUUCCUUGCUACUGCUGUUAUGUUAAUUUGAAUUGGAUUUGUAUCUUUUUUGUUUAGAGUAUUUCAAUAGGUCAUAUCGUAGUGACGUAUGUAAUGUGACAUUGGUAUUGUAACUUGGUUGAGCAAGAAGUGUGAUUGAAAUUUGAAUGUAUGGUUUGAAUCUGUAACAGAAAAAUAUACAUUGAAACAGCCAGCAUUUGAUGUUCCAUUUGAGUUGAUUGAACUUCAAAAAUUUGAUUACGCACUAGAGGGGAUUCCAUUUCAGCAGCUGACACGCAUGCCUAAUGUUGUUCAUGCUUCUACAUCUGAAGCUGUCGAAGCAACAUCGUGUCUUGCGAUUGAAGAUUUCCUACAUGCUAGUAUGAAGGGCUUGUGGGAGGCAUUUUGGAGUCAAGACGAGCCUAUGCCUUUUUCUGCGGCUUGUCUGUAUAAUGCUAACAUGAAAUUUUAUCAGGCUGAAAAUGCUAUUGCUAACGGAAGACUUGGAGGACUUUGUGGCUCUGGUAUAUUGCUUAAUAAUUCUAGACAUCCUCAUCGGAAAUGGGAUCAUCUCCUUGAAUUAACACUUCUAAGAACAGAUAUCAGAGGUCUAGCUGUUGGCAGCGACCGGCAGCCUUCUUUGCCGGUCCUAGGAGAAGCUCUAUUUUAUGCUAUUCGAAUGUUGUUGGCAAGGAGUUUGAGUAGACUGAGUUUCUUUCCGGAUCCAAGCACAGCGUUUGUUCUUCUAAUUGAUUCUCAAUACGUGGGAGUUGUAAAGGUUGAAGGAGAUGUAAGUAAGCUCAAUUUUGAUGUGAAUAAUGUUUAUGAAUGUGCUGCCAAAUGGGUAAAAAAUCAUUCUAGAAUUUCUGUUUCUCCAAUUUAUAGAAUCUGGAACAAGCUAGGAAAUGCAAACUGGGGAGAUAUCGGUGCUCUACGGGUUUUAUUUGCAACCUUUCACUGUAUAAUGCAAUAUGCUGGAAUGCCCAAGUACUCUAUUGAGGAUUUAGCUACCGAUCAUAGUUCACGUCUCCAAACGAGAAGAAUUGAGAGGCAGUUAGGAGAUUCCACCAGAGUGAAUGGAAAUGGCCUACCAACAAAUAAUACAACCAUGGCUAAUUGA